CGGGUCUUUUCUUUGGCCUCGUUUCAUUUGGCUAAAGGUUUUACUGCAGGAACCCAACGCUAAAUCACACGCCAAGGAAGUGUGAGCGUGCGUUUUGCUUAAAAAGCAGGGCAGAUGCUAAUUCUGAUACGUCAAGAGAAAACCGCAGAGAGGAACAUCUCGUCCCACACAAACCUGCGGCAAAAGAAAAGCACCUCAGCAUAUUAACCAAAACCUGAACAUAUUAACCUGAAAAUAAUCAACAUCAUUUCUGUCCUUCAUAUAGCUAUCUUAAAAACUGAUCCAGAGUCAGUCCCACCUCUAUCCACAAACUUGCCCUUAUAACCCAAGUAAAGACUGACCCAGAGUGUUCCUAAUGCUUUAAUAUCAGCGUCGAUAUGUCUGAAAGCGGAUAUUCACACCUCCGCUAGCAAUGGGCACCACUCCCCUGCCUGAAGGGAGAGCUGAUGAGGGAGCAAAACAAAACCCAACAAAAAAACAAGUGAGAGAGAAAGGAAGUGAUGUAGGUCUUUAACCACUCAGGACCAGUUUCACACUUCUGCCUUUUGAAAAGGCCGUUGGUGCAAGAUAAGAGGGAGUGCAUGAGCGCGAGAGCGCGAGAGAGAGGGAGACCUGAAAGGAUCCUACUACGCAAUCAAUUUCUUCUCAUCUGUCUGGCGGUUGCUGCUCAGGUCGGCCAACAUGUCGGCCCUGACCGGCACCAACUGUACGGACCUGUACGAUCACCGGGGGACAGCACGCGUACUUCUGCCCCUAGCCUACGCUGUCAUCUGCCCCCUCGGCCUGCUGGGUAAUGCCCUGGCGCUGCACACCAUCCGCCUCCACCCGUCCAAGCUCAACUCCACCACGGUGUACUCGGCCAACCUGGCGGCGUCGGAUCUGCUGUUCUGCCUGGCCCUGCCGCUGCGGGCUCUGUACUACGCUCUGGGCUUCCACUGGCCAAUGGGCGAGGGGCUGUGCAAGGCCACCGCGCUGCUCUUCUACCUCAACAGCUACGCCGGCGUCAACUUCAUGACCUGCCUGGCGGUGGACCGCCUGGCGGCCGUGGUGCUGCGUCCGCACUGGGGGGGCCUGCGCAAGCCUCGGACUGUCGGCACGGUGUGCCUGCUCGUCUGGCUGCUGGUGCUGGUGCAGACCGUGCCGCUGCUGUGCAUGCCGCUCACCCGGGCCGAGCCCGACGGCACCGUCACCUGCAUGGAGUACCCCAACUUCGAGGGCGCCGUGCCGGGCCUGCCGUACAUGCUGAUCGGCGCCGUGCUGGUGGGCUACGGCCUCCCGCUCCUCGCCAUCCUGGCCUGCUACUCCGCGCUGUCCCGCAAGCUGCAGCGGUCCGCCAGGGCCAACCGGCUGACGGAGCGCUCGGGGCGUGCGCGGCGGGCACAGCGGAUGGUAGCAGGCGUGGUGCUGGUGUUCGUCGUCUGCUUCAGCCCCUACCACCUGGAUCUGCUGCAGUACAUGGUGAGGAAGCUGAUCUACGAGCCCGGCUGCGAGGACCUCCGCGCGUUCCAGGUCUCGCUGCACGUCACCGUGUGCCUCAUGAACCUCAACGCCUGCCUGGACCCCUUCGUCUACUUCUUCGCCUGCAAGGGCUACAAGCGGAGGCUGCUGCAGCUCUUGAGGACGGAGGUGGGCGCCUCCUUUUCCAGCGUGGGACGGCCGUCGCCCGACAGCUCCACCGUGCACGACCGGCCUCCGCACCACUGCCGCGGCGCCAUGCCGCUGGACGCCGUCGAGGACGGCCGCUGAGCGCAGGGGCGGUCCGCGUCGGGAUCAGAGAGCAGCGGGACUCGCUCCAAGAAGGCGAAUCCAAGGAAGGCAAGUGGAGGAAGGAAUUUUAGGGACAAAAUGUUCAGCAAAUGACUGACUUGCCCAUGGGCCAUGUAGUACGGGUCCGUGUUUGCCCUCAUCCUCAGAAUUUGUGUGAGGGACAUUCGUGAUCAAGGUCUGGGACCGAGUCAUGUGCUUUCUGUGACAGGCACUCAUUUGCAUAUCAUGCCCUUUGGUGAUGCACUGCUGAUGUCAAUACACCGAUAACGAUAAAACUCCUCCACCUGUGUACGUACAUCCCCACAUCCUGGUAGGAGGUGCCGGUGACUGGUGGUGUGUGUAAAAAGCCAAUAAAAAAAUUUAAACGUGG